AUGCGACAAGAUGAGCUGAGUAAGCUUAGCUUUCCUGCUAACUCUGACCCUUCAUCACAGAAGCUAUCGACGCCAAAUGACACCAGCGAGACGCAGGAACAUUCUCCAGCGACGCCAAAUGACACCAGCGAGACGCAGGAACAUUCUCCAGCGACGCCAAAUGACACCAGCGAGACGCAGGAACAUUCUCCAGCGACGCCAAAUGACACCAGCGAGACGCAGGAACAUUCUCCAGCGACGCCAAAUGACACCAGCGAGACGCAGGAACAUUCUCCAGCGACGCCAAAUGACACCAGCGAGACGCAGGAACAUUCUCCAGCGACGCCAAAUGACACCAGCGAGACGCAGGAACAUUCUCCAGCGACGCCAAAUGACACCAGCGAGACGCAGGAACAUUCUCCAGCGACGCCAAAUGACACCAGCGAGACGCAGGAACAUUCUCCAGCGACGCCAAAUGACACCAGCGAGACGCAGGAACAUUCUCCAGCGACGCCAAAUGACACCAGCGAGACGCAGGAACAUUCUCCAGCGACGCCAAAUGACACCAGCGAGACGCAGGAACAUUCUCCAGCGACGCCAAAUGACACCAGCGAGACGCAGGAACAUUCUCCAGCGACGCCAAAUGACACCAGCGAGACGCAGGAACAUUCUCCAGCGACGCCAAAUGACACCAGCGAGACGCAGGAACAUUCUCCAGCGACGCCAAAUGACACCAGCGAGACGCAGGAACAUUCUCCAGCGACGCCAAAUGACACCAGCGAGACGCAGGAACAUUCUCCAGCGACGCCAAAUGACACCAAUGUAUAG